GUAACAUUUGGAGUAGCAGUCGUGGGGCAUAUAGAUCUGGUGUGGACUGUCUUUUCCUGAGACUGUAAACACUUGUGCAGAAUGUCCGAGAGCAAGAAAAAAGUGAAAGGAAAGAGCAAAAAGAACAAAGAAGGGAAAAAAGGGGAAAGAGAACCUGACCCAGGAAAAGCUGUUCCUCCCAAACUGAAGAAACUGAAAAGCCCAAAUGUUCACGUGGGUGAGAAGAUUUCCCUGAAGUGUGAGGCGACUGCUGGAAACCCUCAGCCAUCCUACAAAUGGUUUAAAGAUGGGAAAGAGCUGAAGAAGAGCAAAGACAUCCGGAUCAAGUAUGGGAAUGGGAAAAAGAUUUCCAGACUGCAGUUCAACAAGGUGAAGCUUGAAGAUGCUGGGGAGUACAGCUGCGAAGCGGAGAACGUUUUAGGGAAAGACACCGCAAAAGGCAGCCUGAAUGUGAAAAGUGGAACAACGAAAGCACCACAAGUCUUACCAGCCUCAGAAACUAAAAUAGUUGUUAUGGAAGAAGAGUUAACCACAACUCUCUCCUCCUGGUCCGGGCAUGCCAGAAAAUGCAACGAAACAGCCAAGUCCUAUUGUGUCAAUGGAGGGGUGUGCUACUACAUCGAGGGGAUUAAUCAGCUGUCGUGCAAAUGUCCAAACGGAUUCUUCGGACAGAGAUGUUUGGAGAAACUGCCUUUGCGAUUGUACAUGCCAGAUCCUAAGCAAAAAGCGGAGGAGCUCUACCAGAAGAGGGUUUUAACCAUCACAGGAAUCUGUGUUGCCUUGCUUGUGGUGGGCAUCGUCUGUGUGGUAGCUUACUGUAAAACCAAGAAACAAAGAAAACAAAUGCAUAACCACUUGCGACAGAACAUGUGUCCUGCUCAUCAAAACCGGAGCCUUGCCAACGGGCCAAGCCAUCCACGUUUGGAUCCUGAGGAAAUCCAAAUGGCUGAUUAUAUUUCUAAGAAUGUUUCUGCCACCGAGCACGUGAUCCGAAGGGAAACAGAGACAACCUUUUCAGGAAGUCACUCCUGCUCCCCGUCUCAUCACUGCUCCACAGCCACUCCAACGUCCAGCCAGAGACAUGAAAGCCACACCUGGAGCUUGGAGCGAACAGAGAGCCUGACUUCAGACUCCCAGUCUGGGAUAAUGCUGUCCUCGGUGGGAACCAGUAAAUGCAACAGCCCCGCGUGCGUGGAGGCGUGGGCGCGCCGCGGGGCCACCUUCUGCAUCGAGGAGCAGCGGCGGCCCACGACGCAGUACCGCGACUCGGUGGAUUCCCUGCGGGACUCGCCCCACAGCGAGAGGUACGUGUCGGCCCUGACCACACCAGCACGCCUGUCUCCCGUUGACUUCCACUACUCAAUGCCCACGCAGGUGCCCACCUUCGAGAUCACCUCCCCCAACUCGGCGCACGCCGUGUCCCUGCCGCCGGCGGCCCCCAUCAGCUUCCGCGUGGAGGAGCAGCAGCCCCUCCUGCGGCGGUACCAGCUCCCCUUCCAGGACACGCAGAGGUACGACAGCUACUACCAAAGGAAGACCUACCUAAACGACAGCAUGGGGAGCCUGCCCUCCAGCCCCUUCCGCAUCACAGAGGACGACGAGUACGAGACGACGCAGGAGUACGUCACAGCGCUAGAGCAGCCAAAGAAAACAGCCAGCAGCAACAGGCGGUGGAAAAAAUCCAAACUGAACGGGCACAUCCCUCACAGAGCCAGAGCCGUCCGGGACUCCUUCUCCUUGAGCAGCGCCUCUUACAGCGAGUCUGACGAGGAGCUGGUGGCCGAGAGCACCCCGUUCCUAAGCACUCAGAACAAUGAGGCGGCGCACACGGAGUCGCCGCCGCCGCACCGGCCGGGCGACAGCCGGACUCACCACACGUGCCGCGGCGGCCUGGCGCACGCGGCGCCCAAAGCGGACCCCGACCCUCUCUAGGCGCCCCCCGCGCCCGCAGCCGCGGCUCCGAGAGGAGGGAGGCCGAGGCGCGGCGGGGAAAACAAAAACAACAACCCACACACACACAAACACACAAAAAACCCCACACAAACCGCAGAACAAAAAAAAGGAACGCAAUGAAAAACAAAAAAAAAACAAAAAACAAAAAACAAAAAACAAAUAAAUAUUUUUAUUUUAUAUAAAAGAAGGGGGGGAAAAAACACCCCCCAAAAAAAUAUAACGAAUAAAAAUGUUUUAUUUUCAUUUUAGCAAAGUUGUCUUAUAAUAGCUAACGACAAUGACUUUUUUAUAGGGAAUCUCUAUUUAUAUGUAAUGUCUUGAUUUACAGCUUCCGAGAAAAAAAAGUAAAAAAAAAAAAAAAAAAAAAAAAAAAAGAAGAAGAAAAGAAAACAAACAAUAAAGUUAAAAAAAAAAGUGGGCCAAUUUUUGACUACUUAAAAAUAGAAAACAAAACUAUCGUGGUGCCUUUUGCUGUAUGCUAGUGCUGGGAUUCAUGCCGAGGAUUCUGUUUCAGUAGCAUUUUUAAGGUCAUAGAUUUUUGUUUGGGAGACAACCUGUCACAAGGGCGCUCUUCUGUUGGAAGAAAACAGCCUUGCCACUUUGCCCCGUUCCCUGCUAUUAAUGAUCUUAUUCUUUGAAGUAUUGUUUAAACACACUUUAAGGACAUGAGUGGGAGCAUUUCCAUUGUCAUGUCUAAUGAGGAUCUAUCUUGCCCUGUAAACUACUUGUAUUUUCGCUUAAAUCAGGAGAAAAAGAAACCCAACAGCACUGUGCUGAAAUGCAGAAAUAACGUUUCUUUUGCCACACAGGUAGGAAGAGAAAAUGAAAUCAUGCAGCAGCAGCAGCAACCCUUACAAUAUAGCUCUCAACCCUUGGCCAUCUCACCGGUGGGUCUGGAUGGGGUUGGCGCAGGUUUGUGGUGAGGCCAGGCAGACGCCCCUGUGCCCAGGGUGGGUCACACCUGUCCCGUACCCUCGAAUCCGGGUCGCUGAGCCAGCCCUGGUGGUGGCCCUGGCGGUGGUCCUGGCGGGCAGCUCCGUUCAGCCGCGGUGCCCGUGGCCGCGUGGCCGCCCCAGUGCCGUGCCGGCCGCGGCGUCCCCUUGGCUGAGCACUGCGGCGCCCUGGGGCUGCCGGAGCCGUGGUGGCCUGCGUGACACCCUCGGCCGGGGUGCCAGGGGACACCCAGGGGGUGGUCCCAUGGCACAGAUGGCCGCGUGUCACCCUGGCCACGGAGCCGGGCAGUGGCCGGCCGUGCUGCCCCAGCGGUCAGCAGGGCCCCGGGCGCUUUGGGCUCCUCUUGUGGCCCUGCCUUGGCGGGGCAGGCCCCGCGUGGGGCAGCCCAGCGAGCGGAUUCUCCCGUACGGCCGUGCCACGUGUUGCAAAGACAGUUGUCACCGUCACGUCCUGCCAUUGGUGACGGACGUCGCCUUCCCAACCCCGGAGCAGCUCUGGCCAUCGGCUCUGUGGCGCAAAGAGACAGUCCUGCGUGUCCAGGCGGCAGAGCAUCCCCCGUGGAAGUGCCCCCUCUCCUCAGUUCUCUGCAGCAAACCUGUUUACAUUGUAGCCUGACUUUUUUCUUUUUAUAUUUUUACUUCUGCAUGUCCUUUGCAUUUCAGAUACUGUAGAUUGGAUGCAUGGUGAAGCUGUGACUGAGAAGAUAAUACAACAAUUGACAGUGUAUUAUUUCAUUUAACUUUUAGCAAUAAAGUAACUAAACCCUC